UGCAUAAGAAAAAUGCUACUAAGAGCAUCAAAAACAAAAAUAAACAAUUGCAAAGACACCGGCAUUCGAAUGCUUUUUAUCACUGCAACAGCCACAAUUCAGCUCAGUUCCGCUCGAGCGUCAAAAUGGUUCACAAGAUUCGUGCGGUGAUCAUAAUCAUCAAGCUAACCUGUCUGUUGGCCAUCUGGUCCGUUCAUAUAACCAACGGCCAAAAAGUGAGAGCGAGAAAAGCGAAACAUGCCGACCUGGAGACAAACGCCGUUGUUCAAACGGAAAAUGUGCCGUGUACCUGUGCUAUUUUUCUGACCGGUCAAUUCAAUAAGUACAACCGAACGGAACCACCGCGAGGAAACCCUGGAAUACAGCUGGAACUGAUGCAUAACUAUCCAUGCACCAGUGCGGGAAAUAAGCAGUGUUCCAACCGGUGUCUGGAUGCAAUUCUGAAGCAUUUACCCAAUUCACCGGCGCUAAUCUGCGGAACCAUUGAUCGGGAUUGCUUCCGGGAGCGUGCUUACCUGUUCUAUCAGAAUUGCAAUCCUCGGUGGGUUAACAGCAAUCUUUCUGCCGGAAGGGAAUUCUGCUGCCAGAACGAUCGACCAAUGCGCUGCACAAAAAUGGCUGAACUAAUACGAGAAACGUUACUGGCCGGCAAUAGGACUACGACGGACGACGAUGAAUAUCCAGAUGAAUCGAUAUAA